GGCUCUGACGUUUGCGUUCGGGCUAUCACGUGGCCGGUGACUCCGUCAGCCAGCUAACAGGACGGUUAGCACCACUGUGGCACCAUGUUCCGAGCUGUGUUCCGUCUGUCAGCUUCGGGGGCCCGGAGUGUGGUUCGGUCACGGCCCUGCUACUCAGCUCCAGUGGCCUCCAGAUGUUACUCCCAUGGCAAGGUGGAGUCAGAUGAGGAGUUUGAUGCCCGCUGGGUAACUUACUUCAGCAAGCCUGACAUCGAUGCCUGGGAGCUGAGGAAAGGUAUGAACACCUUGAUCGGGUAUGACCUGGUACCUGAGGCUAAGAUCCUGGAUUCGGCUCUAAGAGCUUGCCGAAGACUGAAUGAUUUGGCAAGUGCCAUUCGCAUCCUAGAGGCUGUUAAGGAUAAAGCUGGUCCCCACAAAGAUAUUUAUCCCUAUCUGAUCCAAGAGCUUACACCUACCCUGACAGAGCUCGGUAUUUCAACACCAGAAGAGCUAGGCAUUGACAAGCUAUAGACUGAAGGUCAUUUGAUGUAUAAAAGGAUGAGCUCCCUGAUUUUCUCCUGUUCAAAUGUCUAUAUUAUUAUUGAUUCAGUCUAUGCUAUUCUGUAAUGUACAAAUGGUGGACCUAAUAAAGAAAACUAAUAAAUUAA